AUGAAACUUAUCUACGAAACAGAUAUGGAUGUAUUACCAUGGACAUUUAUGUCACGUAAUGUACAUGAUGCAUGUAUUGAAGGUCGUACAAAUGAUAUUGAACAAAUGUAUCGUGAAGGUGCUGAUCUUAAUGAUUCAGAUGAAUUUGGAAAUACACCAUUAUGGCUUGCUUAUAUUAGUGGUCAUUUAGAUACAGUAUUUGCAUUACUUGAAUUAAAUGUUGAUAUAAAUCGACGUACAGGUUCAAUAUUAGCAUCAGAUUUUUAUCGAGCAUGUGGUUGGGCUGAUGAAGUUUUUAUUGAUAUAUUAUGUAAUUAUAAUGCAAAUAUAAAUCUUACUGAUCAAUUUGGUAAAACACCAUUAAUUUAUGCAAUUGAAUAUCGAACAUCAUUGUCAGAAACAACUGAAGAAGAUCUUAUAUGUUUAUUAAUUAUAGAAAGAAAUUUAAAAUAUUAUAUAAAACAAUCAAAUUAUUGCAAAAUAAGUCAUUCUUUUGUAUUAUCUUUAUGGGAAAUAGUGAAUAGAUUUGAUGGUUGA